AUGGAACCCAGGUCUUCAUGCAUGCUAGGCCUGAGAGCGACCCCCAGCCACCACCACCAUGGCCAAGAUCAACAUCAACGAGCUCCCCGAGAACAUCCUGCUGGAGCUCUUCACGCACGUGCCCGCCCGCCAGCUGCUGCUGCGCUGCCGCCCGGUCUGCAGCCUCUGGCGGGACCUCAUCGACCUGGUGACGCUCUGGAAGCGCAAGUGCCUGCGCGACGGCUUCAUCACCCGGGACUGGGACCAGCCUGUGGCCGACUGGAAGAUCUUCUACUUCCUGCGCAGCCUGCAAAGGAAUCUCCUGCACAACCCCUGUGCUGAAGAAGGCUUUGAGUUCUGGAGCCUCGAUGUGAACGGAGGGGACGAGUGGAAGGUGGAAGACCUCUCUAAAGACCAGAGGAAGGAGUUCCCCAAUGACCAGGUCAAGAAAUACUUCGUGACAUCGUAUUACACCUGCCUCAAGUCCCAGGUAGUGGACCUCAAGGCCGAAGGGUACUGGGAGGAGCUGAUGGACAACACCCGGCCGGACAUCGAGGUCAAGGACUGGUUUGCAGCCAGGCCAGACUGCGGGUCCAAGUACCAGCUGUGCGUUCAGCUCCUGUCAUCCGCUCACGCACCACUGGGGACCUUCCAGCCCGACCCUGCGAUGAUCCAGCAGAAGAGCGAUGCCAAGUGGAGGGAGGUCUCCCACACAUUCUCCAACUACCCACCCGGCGUCCGCUACAUCUGGUUUCAGCACGGUGGCGUGGACACUCACUACUGGGCCGGCUGGUACGGGCCCAGGGUCACCAACAGCAGCAUCACCAUCGGGCCCCCGCUUCCCUGACACCCCCUGAAUCCCCAUCCACCGAGCCCUGAAUGCUGCCUCUUUGUGGAGCCUGUCAAUCUGGUCAGCUUUCAAUGCCAGAGGCCCCCCACUCUCCACCAAGGUCCCGAUCUGAUGCCGGCCCCCUUAAAAGAUGAAACGGGAGGCAGGUGAACGUGUCCCCCAGGCUGCUGUGAGAGAGCUCUCCAAGCCUGGAGGCCAGCCCACAUCCCUGUGUGUGCCUUCUUCUGCCCCCCCCUCAGGGAUCUGUCCCCUGUGACCUGUCCCCUGUGCCCUUUGGGGCCCCUGAAGCAGGAGCCAGCAGGACAUGGGGCAAACCUGUGGCAGAUGCUGGCUGGUGACCCCGUGCCUCAGGCGGAUCUGGGGGUGGUUCCUUCUGACCCCUCUGUCCUCUGUCCCCCUGAGCUCCCUCCUGGUGCUCAGACCUGCUCCCGAGUUGCACAGGACAGGCCUGGGAUAGCCAGUGGGGUCCUGCUUAGGACUUUCCAGUGGGAGCCAGACUAGUACUUCCAUAAUGCAGGGCUUCCCGAGGAAUCCCGCACUGGGCCGCAGUAUAGGUGUGGGCGCACAGGAAGUGGCAGCCACAGAAAGGGAAAAGGGGUUCCCUGCAAACGAGGGCCAGGCGUCCCAAGUCCCCCUAGGGGCUGCCAUUUCUCCCUGCCUACCCCAGCCAGGCCCACCAUGCCAGCC